AGGUGACCAUGUGUUUUACCCAGAGUGCACAGAGGGAGAGAGAGGGAGAGAGGGAGAGAGAGAGAGAGAGAGAGAGAGAGAGAGAGAGAGAGAGAGAGAGAGAGAGAGAGGUGCACAGAGAGUGCGCGUGAUGGGUGUGUGUACAGCCGGUGUGCAGGAGAUGCAGCCAGGAUGCUGACAGCAAAGCGCACAGCUGCUCCGGCAAACCGCUCUGCUAUAUAGAUGGGCAUACGCAAGGGAGGAGGUAAAAUCAGCUGGGUUAAGAUCAACAUGCACGAGUCCGGACACAUCACGCGUGACUACCUCCUGUCCUGACAGCCCUGCAGACAGAGAGCGGUUUACACCGUGACGGAGACGUUCGCUGUCCCUGGUACCGACGGCUCUCAUCCGACCUGCAGGCUGGCUGCUCCUGGGUCGCUCUAAACCCGGACCGUGAAAUCCAUCAUCGAUUAUAUGUGAGGAAAGCAGUCUCGUUGAUUGACGUGCGAGACAUAAAGAGACUGAUGCUCUGCCUCUUUUGUAAUUUAUGAGAUCACCUUUACGGUUCACCUUGGACAUAAAAAAGCGCACUAAAGGUUGAUCGACACAAUGCAGCCGAGACAAAUCAGCGCUGACCCCUGUGGGCCCAAAUUGCAACCAGGCCCUUGCGUAGUGAUUGGACCUAGUCCGGCUUUACCUCCACAGCUCGCAAUCUGCCCACCUGAGGUCCUCAAGAAACCACCUGCAUUGAGCCCCACACAGGCAUCAAUUUUACCUGUAAAUGUGACAGAUCACAUGCAGUCACGGCAGUCAAAGUCUGGGUCCACACCAGUGCCGCUGACAAGCAUUAGUCGACCUAGACCAACCGCUCUUGGAACAAAACCUGCUCCAAAGAUGCCAAGAAUCUCUGCGGACCCCUCCAAGGAUAUUGAUUUGAUCCCAGUGUGUAUCCCAGUGCCUCAGAGUGCUAACAUCUUGAUGCAUUCCCCGACAGAGUCUACUUUAUCUGUUCACAGUCCUCAGAGUCCCCACAGCCCACAGUCUUACCUGAGUCCCAACACAACCCUGACCCCAAACCUUAGCCCAAAACCCAGUCUCACUUCUCAGCCACAGAAGAUCACCUCACCUGGGAGCUCCACACAGAGCCAAGUGCAGUCUGAAAAGCAAGGAGGAGAGAACAAUGACUUCAGGGUGUACAUCGUCACAUGGAACGUGGGAUCAGCUGUCCCUCCUGAUGACAUCACUGCUCUGUUCGGACCAAAUGUUUCAGAUGGAAGCGUUGACAUGUUUAUCAUCGGACUCCAAGAAGUCAACUCCAUGAUAAACAAGCGGCUGAAGGAUGUGCUUUUUUCUGACCAGUGGAGUGAUCUUUGCAUGGACACACUCAGUCCUUUUGGAUACGUUUUGGUGGCAUCCCAGCGCAUGCAGGGAGUGCUGCUGCUGGUUUUCUCCAAAUUCUGCCAUCUUCCAUUCCUCCGAGGUGUGCAGACACAGAGCACACGCACAGGACUUGGGGGAUAUUGGGGGAACAAGGGUGGCGUCAGUGCGAGGAUGACGAUUUUUGGCCACCCGGUGUGCUUUCUCAACUGUCACCUGCCGGCUCACAUGAGGAACCUGGAGCAGCGGAUGGAGGACUUUGAAAGCAUCCUGCAGCAGCAGCAGUUUGAAGGAGGGACAGCCACGGGUGUACUGGACCAUGAUGUUGUGUUCUGGUUUGGUGAUCUAAAUUUCCGUAUCGAAGACUACGACAUUCAUGUGGUGAAAUGUGCCAUCGAUAGCAAUAAGCUCCCUCUUCUGUUGGAGCGAGAUCAGCUCAACAUGGCUAAAAACACAGAGUCCAUCCUAGAGGGCUUUAUGGAGGGACCACUCAAAUUCCCACCUACCUAUAAGUUUGAUGUGGGCACUCAUACAUACGACACAAGUGCUAAAAAGAGGAAACCAGCCUGGACAGAUCGCAUCCUCUGGCGCCUCCGUCGUACUGGUUCCCCAGUUCCUACCCACAAUGCAGCACUGCAGCGGGGUUUGACCUCAUGGCUUGGUGGGGCGACUAAAGUGACACAUCAUACGUAUAGGAGUCACAUGGGCUUUACCAUCAGUGACCACAAGCCUGUUUCUGCUGUGUUUUCACUGCAUUUCCCGUUCAAGGUAGAAGUUCCUCUGGUGGAGCUGCAGGUCAGCAAGGAAUGGAGUAAAGUUUCAGAUGCUACAGUCAGAUUCACCGUUGCAUCAACGUAUCAACGCAGCUCAUGGGACUGGGUUGCAAUAUACAAGGUUGGAUUCAGACAUCACAAAGAUUACCAGGCAUAUAUAUGGGCCAAGGGAGAGCAUGCAACACAGGUGACAUUUACAGAGGAGGAUUUACCUCGAGAUGAUUGUGAAUACAUGCUGGGUUACUACAGUAACAACAUGAACACCAUUGUUGGCUUGUCAACACCAAUUCAGAUCAAGAUUCCAGUCCACAGCCCCACUGCUCGCCGCUCUGACAGUUCAGACGUCAGCUCAGAGGAUGACAGCACUCUAGUGCUGCUGGCUCCAUGCUCCCGCAGUCCAAGCCCUAAAACCGGCAAACACCACAACCACCGCCACCGUCGCAGCCGCAGCCCUGCUGUUCCUGCUAUGUCCUCCAACCCGCUUCCAUCCUUGCAGGGCCUCAGCCUCCACCCUCGCUCUAAAGACGGCCAGACUCGCAGCCGCUCACCCUGCUCUGCUGCAAAGAAGGAGCGUCUAGUCUCCCCAGACACUGUGCCUACUCCCACCAUCAUCAGCCCGCUCAGCCCACGCAGUCCUGUGUCUCCAGGUGGUGGAGUGACUGCACCGGAGGCCCUCAUUGCAGCCAUCAUUGGUGAACACAGACCAGCUCAGGUUAGCCCCACUGGGGUCAAACAGAUAGGAAAAGCAGGGGACACAAAUACUGCGUAGAAUAUCAAUAGAUAAUGGGGAAUUCCAUUAUUUUUAUGCCAUGGCCCUAUUUUUACAGAUUUUGAGAUCUUAAUGACAAAUAGGUAAUUAAAUAUUUUAAACUGCUCUGAAAGAUUCCUUCAGCCAGCAGCCUUGAAAUUGGCUUUACUGACUGCAGUUGUUUCAUCUGGAGCACACACUCUAAUCAAAGUACAUCAACAAAAAGUGUUGUCAGUCUCAGAUUGUAGUUGUAUGUGUUUGACAACUUUACAAACAGCAUCCAUACAAAAAAUGACCAUUUUUGUUAAAGAGUAAGAGUUUAUUUUAAACUAGAAACAGCCAUCACAGUGCUCCCUUUGAACCCACCAGACUCCAUUCACAUUUUAUUAUUUUGCGAUUUUAAAAUGUUCUGUUUAAUCAGACCUAAACACUUCAAUAGCAAAAGUCACACAAUCACAAAAACAAACUACGUGAUCAAGGUAGCACUGGACCAGCAAGUCCUGUUUUCUGCAAGCUGUAAUUACUGUUUUUGUCAAUGGAGUCUGGUGGCUUGAAAGAGAGUUAUGAAAAAAUGUAUCCUGGUCCAUAAAAAUGAUCUUGAUCUCUAACAAAAAUGUCUUUCUCUGUGAGAUACUUUCUAUAGUUUUACCAGACACUUACAGUGAGGGAGGAACUUUCAGUUUCUAUCGACAUUGGCAAUUAGACUUUGUUUAUUCUGUUCUGUACAUGUGUUUGGAGAGUUUUUCAAAGCCCCUGUGGAGAGUGAGAGCAGGCCACAGGACAAAUCUUUGUUUACAUUUACAGCUUCAAAAGCUUACAGUGGGUGAUCCAUUUGACUACAUUUGACAGCAGGAUGAGAGUUUUCAAUCCAAAAAGAAUCUUCUAAAUGAAUGUCAAGAUCAGCAGUUACCUCUUUGCCUAUAUGGGGUCUAGUUUGCUUUUGGAGGUCAGAAAAAAAGUCAUCAAUACUAAUUUUAUUCUGGUUCAUUAUCACUUAAAAUGUCCUCACAGAAGCUUUGAAAUAACAAUCUGAGCCUUUCAGUGGUGAGAAAGUACUUUCAUUUGGCAUACUUAAAUUUGAUGCAUUCCCACAAACAUUAUAUUUCAGUCAUUACAGCCUAUUUUCUUGCUGCUGGCCGAUGUAUUAAGUGGCAGCAAUUGAAGAUUUUUGUAAAUACUUGUCAUUGAGACGCCAAAAUACGGAAAUAAAAGGGUCCAAGUUUAAAAA